CAGAUCGAUCUCGUUGGACAGGGUCGGCGUUCAGCUCCCAUUUUCUGUCGCCAAACCCCGACUCUCUCUCUCUCUCUCUCUCUCUCUCUCUCUCUCAAUGGCUCUCUCUGAAAGCUCUCGCCAAUCCCUCCUUCCUUCCUAUCUCUACUCAUCUCCUUCGUCCCAAGGCCUAGAUCUGCAGAAAUUCCUCCAGAGAAACCCUAGCUUCACGUCGUCUCCAUCUCCAUCUCCCUCAAAUGGAGUUCCUAAGGCCUUCAUCGUUCCAGCGCCAAGCGAGCCCGGCAAGAUCGAGAUGUAUUCACCGGCUUUCUACGCCGCCUGCACCUUCGGUGGUAUCCUAAGCUGCGGCCUUACUCACACGGCCGUCACGCCUCUCGAUCUCGUCAAGUGCAACAUGCAGAUUGACCCUGCAAAGUACAAGAGCAUCUCCUCUGGCUUUGGCGUGUUGCUCAAAGAGCAGGGACUUAGAGGUUUCUUCAAGGGUUGGGUGCCAACACUGCUUGGUUACAGUGCUCAGGGUGCCUGUAAGUUCGGCUUCUAUGAGUUCUUUAAGAAAUACUACUCUGACAUUGCUGGGCCAGAGUAUGCAGCCAAAUACAAGACCUUGAUCUAUCUUGCGGGUUCUGCAUCUGCUGAAGUGAUCGCCGAUGUUGCCCUUUGCCCAAUGGAGGCAGUUAAGGUCAGGGUGCAAACUCAGCCUGGAUUUGCGAGAGGAUUGUCUGAUGGGUUGCCUAAGUUUGUUAGAUCUGAAGGCGUUCUUGGGUUGUACAAGGGAAUUGUUCCUCUUUGGGGACGUCAAAUUCCAUAUACCAUGAUGAAGUUUGCAUCAUUUGAAACCAUUGUAGAGAUGCUAUACAAGCACGCCAUCCCUACACCAAAGGACCAGUGCAGCAAACCUUUUCAACUGGGUGUGAGCUUUGCUGGUGGCUAUGUUGCUGGUGUCUUCUGUGCCGUUGUUUCUCACCCUGCUGACAAUCUCGUGUCUUUCCUGAACAAUGCGAAGGGAGCAAGCGUGGGUGAUGCUGUGAAGAAACUUGGAUUGUGGGGUCUCUUCACCCGUGGUCUUCCUCUUCGAAUCGUCAUGAUUGGAACCCUGACAGGUGCACAAUGGGGGAUCUACGAUGCCUUCAAAGUUUUCGUUGGCUUGCCAACCACGGGUGGGGUUGCUCCGGCGGCAGCUGCUGCACCUGCUCAAGAACUUGCAAAAGUGUAAUAGCUUUGCCUGAUCUCAGGCAAAUGGCCAUUGUAUGUUGAACCUGUGGAGGGGAAAAAGAAGACUCGGAACCAUGGUAAUAAACAGUAGGUAUUUUGCUGACACUGCUUGUUUCAAUGCCAAGUGGGUAUUGUAUUCUUUUUUGAAACAUAGUAUUCUUUUCAACCUUUUUUUUUUUUUUGGAAUUUUAGGAAGGGUGGUUUUGAUCUCACCCUUCCAACCUCGACGGAACUUGUUGGACACAGAGUAGGAUGUUCUGGCAUUAGAAAUGAAACUGAAAUAACGACAGAUUGGGAGUAGGAUCUGUCUGUUUGUACUUGAA